AUGACGAAAGAAGAGAAUUUGGCGCUAGUCGAUCCAGUGAAGGCGAACGACGAGGAAAAAUCAAAGCCAUCGAAACCAAAUAAUGAUAAGCCACAGGAGGAGGAGCUCUCAGAAGAAGACUUGCAGCUUAAAACUGAGCUAGAGAUGCUCGUAGAGAGACUCAAAGAGGACAACAAAGGUCUCUACAAACCAGCACUCGAAUCUUUGAGAAGCUUCAUCAAGACAGCAACUUCCUCUAUGACUUCCGUACCAAAACCUCUGAAAUAUCUCCGGCCACAUUACCCAGACUUGCAGAAUUUGUACGAGAACUGGGAAUCUGGCAGUGACAAGUCACUCUUUGCUGAAAUCCUUUCAGUACUCGCAAUGACAUACUCAGACACCGGAAAACGCGAAACACUGCUCUACAGAAUACAUGGUCACUGUACGGAAUCACCUGGCUCAUGGGGCCACGAGUAUGUCCGUCAUUUAGCCGCAGAAAUCGGUGAAGUUUACCAAUACCUCACUCUCCCACCUGGCGAAGUUGGUCAGGCUGUAGAAGAAGACGACCCUAUCAAGCCAUUUAGUAAAGCAUUAGAAGAACUCCCUGCAUCACUUUCAAAGGCACCAAGCCAAGAGCAAUUGUUGGAAUUGGCGAUGGAUUUGGUGCCAUUUUUCUUAAGACACAACGCAGAACCAGACGCUGUUGAUCUUUUAUUAGAACUUGAAUCCAUUGAAAAAAUCGCCAGUCACGUAGACAGUGAGAACUUCCAAAAAACUUGCCUUUACCUCAUCUCAGUAUCUCCAUUCUUGGAACAGCCAGACGACACUCAGGUACUGAGAGUAGCACACGACCUCUACCACAGCAACCACCGCUAUCCUGAAGCCAUAGUCUUGGCUAUGCGUCUCAACGACAGAGAUCUCAUCAAGAGUGACUUCAAAUCACCUACAAACAAGGUCAUGCAGAAGCAACUUGCCUUCUUGUUGGCUAGACAGCACGUACCAAUUGAAUGGGUUAAGGAGGAAGAUGAAGAAAUUGACGGUGAACUAUUUGAAUGCCUCUCAAAUGUCAAAUUACCAGAAUAUUUCAAGGAAUUCGGUAAGACACUCGGUAUUUCCGAACCUAAAUCACUCGAGGAUGUGUACAAGACCCAUCUCGAAACCCGCAAUGUCAGCGUUGACUCAGCUAGAGGUAACCUUGCUGGCUCAUUCGUCAACGCUUUCGUCAACGCUGGUUUCGGAAACGAUAAGCUUAUGGUCGAUGCUGACGAAGGCAACAGCUGGAUUUAUAAGAACAAAGAUGAUGCUAUGUUGUCUGCUACAGCCUCACUUGGUGUAUCUCUCCUCUGGGAUCCAGACGUUGGUCUGAGUCACAUUGACAAGUACACCUACUCAAACGAAGAUUACAUCAGAGCAGGUGCUUUCCUUGCGACCGGUCUUAUCCAUAAUGGCAUCAAGACUGAAGUUGACGCACCACUUGCAUUACUUUCAGAACAAGUUGAGAGUUCUUCAAUUCCAAUCAAGGUAUCAGCUAUUAUGGGAUUGGGUUACGCAUACGCUGGUACACAGAGAGAAGACUUAAUGGAACUUCUCAUCCCAUACGCAGUUGACGAAUCACUUUCAAUGGAAGUGGCAUCAAUUGCCAUUCUCGCACUUGGUUACAUCUUCGUUGGAAGCUGCAACGGUGACGUCCUCUCAUCAAUUUUACAAGCUAUCAUGGAAAGAGAUCCAAAAUCGUUAGAUGAAAAAUGGGCAAGGUUUGCAGCAUUAGGUCUUGGUUUGGUCUUUGUAGGUGCAAGAGAUAACAGUGAUGUUAUUGUAGAAACUGUCAAGACUAUUGAACAUCCAUUCGCAAGAUACGCUGAAAUAAUGAUUGACAUUUGUUCAUACGCUGGAUCAUCAAAUGUAUUAAAGAUUCAAGAAAUGUUACACAUCUGUUCAGAACACAUCGAUGGUGAAAAAUCAUCAGAUCUUCAUCAAUCAUUCGCAGUUCUUGGUAUUGCAGCUAUCGCAAUGGGUGAAGAUAUUGGUGCUGAGAUGUCAAUCAGACAGUUCAAUCAUUUGAUGCAUUACGGUGAACCAAUUAUUCGUAAGACUGUUCCUCUUGCACUUGGUUUAAUCAGUGCAUCAAAUCCACAAAUGCAUUUAUUGGACUCUUUGAGUAAAUAUUCCCACGACAAUGAUUUAGCUGUUGCAUUUAAUGCUAUUUUCGCAAUGGGAUUAGUUGGCGCAGGUAGCAAUAAUGCAAGAUUAGCACAAAUGCUCAGACAGUUGGCAAGCUAUUACGCAACUGAACCUGAUUGCUUAUUGAUGGUUAGGAUAGCACAAGGUAUGGUGCACAUGGGUAAGGGUUCCAUAGGAGUGAAUCCAUUCCACACUGAUCGUACAUUGCUUGACAAGAAUGCAUUCUGUGGUUUGUUAUCUACAUUAGUAGCCUUCACAGAUGCAAGAGGAUUCAUUCUCGAAAAGGCCCACUGGAUGCUUUACAAUCUCACGAUGGCAAUGUAUCCACGCAUGGCUGUAACAUUAGAUGAAGAUCUUUCGGUGCUCAAGACAACAGUUAGAGUUGGUCAAGCUGUUGAUGUUGUCGGUCAAGCUGGUAAACCUCGCACAAUAUCAGGAUUCCAAACUCAUGAGACACCGGUUAGAAUGGCGAACAAUGAAAGAGCUGAAUUGGCUUCCGAGCAAUACUUGUCAUACAAUCACGUUCUAGAGAAUGUCGUCAUCCUUCGUAAAAACCCAGGUUGGGAAGAUGAUUCAAUGCAGAUAUAA